AUGACCACUCCCUUGAUAUCGUCAUCGUUGAAUAUUGGGUCUAUGCCGUCAGCAACUGCUCGUCUACAUCAAAGCCCCAAUAUCGAAGCCAGUGGCUCGAGCACCCCGUUGUUUGAAGAAGCAUCGAGUAUACAUACCUCCGAAUUUGACAUUGUGAAUCGCUACUACCAGCAGCAACAACAACAAAAACUGCAAGAACCACAACAAGAACCACAACAAGAACAACAACAAGAAGAUAAACUGCAAAUAACACAGGAGAAACCCGGCGCAGAGGGUUUGGCGACAGAACCAAUGAGCUCCCCUAUUGCUGAGCAACCGCACGGAAUAAUCCCUAAUUACGAAUUGUCUCACCAGCGAUAUAGCUUUGAAUAUUCAAACUCCGAGGCUCAGCAAACAACAACUUCCAGUAGUUGUUGUUCACACUUGCCCCCACCACAAGAAAAACCACAACCAAAAGGGGCGGGAUUGAACCAGCUGCUCCCCUUGGCAAGUGGCAGCAACCAGCAAUCGAAAUUCACAUCGUUCACAUUUCAACCUCCAAAAUCAAACUUGCUCCAAUCACAUGGAUACCAAUCCUCCAUAUCUUCCAUCUCUUCAACAGGCUCAGUCAACUCAUCGCCUGGUAAUUUUUCACCAAAUCAAGCGCGCAAACUUCAUGCCUUGCACCAGUCUAGAAACACAAAGAACCUCUCAUUAAACUUGAUGGAAUCAAAUGGAUCUUCCACGAUGCUCCAACAGCCAAGCUUUGGUGGCAAACGAGUCUUUAAAUCUGUUAGUUCAGCUUUAGAUACCCCAACAGCUAGCCAAACCGAGUUUGCCAAAGAUGGCCACCACCAAAGCUUCUCGGUGACGUAUGCACACGAACAAUUGCAAACCCCAUCAGUGACACACACGCCGCAAAUGCCACCCGCGCGGCCCAAACAAGAAUACAGCAGCUGUAAAAAUACUCGCCCCAUCAGGGCCUACAAGUUCCCACCGGUGGAUUCGGAAUUCGAGAGCCUGCUGCUAUUAAUAAAUGACGCCGGCGAUUCCAGCAUGAUGCGACAUAACGACGAGAGGAUUGUACCGCCUGCACCACCUCCUUUUGCCCUAAAUUCAAAAUCAUCGCCACUAAACACGCCACCUAGACUACAAAGCCCGACUACAGCACCCUCUACUCAACAACCAAGCUCGCCUUCUAGGUUACUGAAAAAUAUCAAGAAAAUGGCCAUCGAGUCACCACUAGCGACGAAUUUCACCAAGGAUAUAACUACAGAUCAACGAAGCAAUGAUGAUGAUGAUGAUGACGAUGAUGACGACUCGUCGCUCCAUACAUCUCAAAACGUCACUUAUAACACCAGCAAGUUUAAGGAACCAGAAGAGCUCCAAGAGUCAUCGGCAAUAAACGCGUACCCUAAUGGACCUAGAAGUGUUCUCAACAACCUCGUGUUUUUGUACUCGGACCCCGAUAACAAGAUUGACAUCAAUGAAUACAAUUUGGUCAUCAAUGUCGCCAAGGAAUGCAAGAAAUUGUCACAUUUGUACAAAUGUCCUCAACCAAAUUUCCGCGAAUACAUCCAUAUCCCUUGGUCGCACACGUCAAACAUUUCAAAAAACCUCACCUCCAUCACUUCGAAAAUCGAGCUGUUUUUUAGCCGCGGCCUCAAAGUGCUCGUGCAUUGCCAAUGUGGCGUGCUGCGAAGCGCCUGUGUCAUUGUUGCCUUUUUCAUGAGAAAAUUCAACAUUGGUGUUAAUGAAGCGUAUGAGAUGUUGAAGAGCGGCCACACUGCGGGACUGGGAAAGGAGAAAAUCGUGGUUGACAAAUGCGAUCGGAUCUGUCCCAACAUGAGCUUAAUCUUUGAGUUGAUGGAGUUUGGUGACUAUUUGAACCAUAACGAGUACAGCACUAGUCAAUUGUUUGCCUUAUCGCCGCUGCAAAUGAAUUUAUAG